AGAGUGGACAUAGCAAAUUGGCAAGACAGGCGACUAUCCUGUUGGCAUUCUGCGACUAUGCUGGAAAUGCAAUGAAGGAUUUGGUAUCGGCACCAAGACCCAGUUGCCCUUCUUUGAGGAGAGUUACCGCGACCGAUGAUGAGAAAGAGAACGCCAUGGAGUAUGGACUUCCUUUGUCGCAUGCCCUCAACACCGUGUGCUUAUCAGAAUACUUGCUGUAUUAUUUUCUGACAUGCGGGGCUGAAAGGGACAACAUCACAAUUUUGGUUGGGUUUGUACUAGUAUUCACAAAGGUUAUGCUGAUUGCAAUAGCAAGGAUGUACUUGGGUAUGCACAGCUUGCUUGAUGUUAUGGCCGGAAUCAGCUUUGGGGUUGUUAUACUUGCCUUUUGGAUCAAAGUCCAUGGAUAUGUUGACGAUUUUGUCAUAAAUGGACAGAAUGUUACAUCCUUUAUGGCGAUCCUUUCUUUAUUGUUGUGUUUCGCGUAUCCUACUCCUGAAGUCCCUACCCCAAGUUUUGAUUAUCAUGCUGCAUUUACUGGUGUUGCAUUUGGAAUAGUCAGCGGCGUCCAGCAAACUUACCAUCAUUUUCACCACGAGAACAUUCCUCAAAUAUUUAGCCCUCAACUGCCAAUAACAUUUCUUAUUGGAAGAGUAUUGAUUGGUAUCCCUACAAUACUAAUUGUGAAGUUCUGCAGUAAAGCUAUUGCUAAAUGGUUAUUUGAAUGA